AUGGACGCAAAGACGGCAGCUUCACACGCGGCAACCGUCCAGAGCAUCGCCGCCGCCGUCAAGACCUUCCAUGCUCGCCGCCAGCCCUUCCGCAUCCACCACGGUUCCACAAACUCAACACGCCCCGCCCACGGCCAGCCCGUCGUCGACAUAUCCGCCCUCAACCAUGUCCUUCAUGUGGAUAAGGCCGCAAAGACCGUCUCGGUCGAGCCCAAUGUCGCCAUGGACGGCCUGCUGGAUGCCGUCCUGCCCCACAACCUCGUGCCCCCCGUCGUCAUGGAGUUCCCCGGCAUCACCGCCGGCGGCGCCUUUGCCGGUUCGGCAGGCGAGUCGUCGUCGUUCCGUCACGGCGCCUUUGAUGCCGCCGUCACCUGCGUCGAGAUGGUCCUCGCCAACGGGGACAUCGUCGAGGCCUCGCCCACCCAGAACGCCGACCUCUUCGCCGCCGCCGCCGGCGCCCUCGGCACCCUCGGCAUCGUGACGCGCCUCGACCUGCGCCUCCUCGACGCCGAGUCCUACGUCCGCGUCGAGUACAGCCUGCACACGACCGUCGAGGCCACCUGCGCCGCCGUCGAGGCAGCGACGCACGUGCUGUACUCGCACGCCUACUAUGACGAGGACGACUUCUGGGCCAUCUACGGCCGCGCGUGGUACGACGAGCUGCGCCUCAAGUACCACGCCACGACGCUGCCCACCGUCUACGACAAGGUGCGUGUCGACAUUGAAAAGGAGCGCGCGAAGAAGGGACUCGUGGACAGGUUGGCUCUGAAAUGGCCUUUCGCUGGCUUGAUUGGCGUCGCCUCGGCGUUGCGUUCAUGA